CUGCAAAGAAAUGAUUCAAUUCUACAGAUUAUUGCAUGAUGCUCCUUCAGAAGUCUGAAUUUGUUUGUUGCUGAGCUGUUACGAUGAUGAAAGAGAAGGAGUAGAGAUUCCUUUUUCUAUAACAAAUUCAAUUUCAGAUCCUUUCACUUUUUCAACUUCUUUUGUGGCGGGAGUUACAAGAUGAUGAUGAAUACUCGAAAUCAAUCAGAAUCUGCUCAGGAACCUAACGAUAAUAAGCUUAGUUACGAGAUCUUCUCCAUCCUUGAGAGUAAGUUUCUUUUCGGAUAUGAAGAACACAAACUCAGGAUUCCAAAGCAGAUAUCAACUCCGACGACAGAGACGAGAUCAGGACCGUCGUCUGAUGAUAGCAUUAACGCAAUUAAAAACCAGAGAGGGAAGAUAUGUAUUCUUUGUAUAGACGGCGGUGGAAUGCGUAACAUCGUAUCUGGAAAAGCCUUGGCAUACCUUGAAGAUGCUCUCAGACGAAAAUCGGGGAAAUCUAAUGCUAGAAUCGCCGAGUUUUUCGAUGUAGCUGCCGGCGCUGGCAUCGGAGGGAUAUUCACGGCGAUGCUAUUCGGUACGAAGGAUCAGAGUCGUCCGAUUUCGGAGGCUACAGACACGUGGAAGUUUCUCGCCACACAAGGGAAGAAUUUCUACCAACUGUCGUCGUCGUCGUCGUCAGGCUCUGGUUCUAGUAUCCUGAGGCGAUUUCUAGGACGAAGUUCCAUCGAUCGAUCCUCGAAAUCGAUGUCAUCAGAAUUGGAGAAACUUAUGAGAGAAUUGUUCAGCGACGCCGACGGCGGUGGCCGGAGCUUAACUCUGAAGGACACGUUAAAACCGGUUCUAAUUCCCUGCUAUGACCUCUCCAGUUCAGCACCGUUUCUCUUCUCUCGAGCUGACGCGUUGGAGACUGACGGAUUUGAUUUCAAGCUAUGGGAGGUCUGUCGAGCAACGUCGGCUCAACCGGUUCUUUUUCAACCAGUAUCGAUGAAAUCAGUUAAUGGAAAAACUCAUUGCCUCGCCGUUGACGGUGGAUUGGCGAUGAACAAUCCAACGUCGGCGGCGAUCACGCAUGUUCUUCACAAUAAGCAGGAGUUUCCAUUCGUAAGAGGCGUGGAAGACCUUUUGGUACUUUCAUUAGGCACAGGACAACUUCUUGAAGCCAGUUACGACUCCGAUCAGAUAAAACGAUGGAAGGCCAAGCACUGGGCUCGGCCGAUGACGAGAAUCUCCGGCGAUUAUUCGUCGGAGAUGGUCGAUCACGCCGUAUCAAUGGCGUUCGGUCAAAACCGAUGCAACUAUGUCCGCAUACAGGCAAAUGGGUCCAGAUUGGGUGGUUGUGGGCCAAAUGUGGACUACGAUGGUAGUCCAAGCAAUGUGAAGAAGCUUAGUGAUAUUGCCGACGAAAUGCUGAAACAGAAGAACAUGGAAUCGGUUCUGUUUGGUGGUAAAAGAAUCAGUGAACAUAGCAAUUCAGAGAAACUAGAUUGGUUUGCUGAUCAACUUAUACUGGAACACCAAAGGAGGAGUUGCAGAAUAGCUCCUACUGUUGCAUUCAGGCAACCCGACUUAUAGAUCAUCCCCACCAUAGUCUAUUCUAACUCUAGACUUACGUGGAGAGAAAAAAAAAAUCACUGUAAGUUUCCUGUU